CCUGGACUACUUAAGGGCCUCGCCAACACAGCUCUGGUCUUUAGAGGUCCGUUUGGUUCAUUUCUGGAUUUCCACCCUGCAGUCACUGUGUCACUGGAAAGCGCAAGCGGAUUGAAGGUAACGUGGAAACUGUUUUUAUCAUUGUAGAAGAAGUGGAAUGGAGAUGAUUUAAAGGCUGUUGACAUUUAGGGAGCUAGAGGUGUGUAUAAUUAGUGCUAUUUAUAUCAAUGGUUUAAAUGACUGAUGUAUGUUUGGUAUAUACUUUAUGGUGAUACAAUAUUGUCAACUGAAGAGAAAUAUCUGAUACCAUUUUUCUCUUCUCAUCCUUGGCCAUAGUUUUGCAUACAGUUAUGAUUACUUCACACAAAGAAUACCAUUUUUAUUUCUCAGAUUGGAUAUCAAAACUAUAAACAUAACUGAAUACAAAGUACAUUCUAACACGCUACAGGGUAUUUUCCCUAGCUAACCCCAAAACUCUUGGUUGCCAGUUGGGAUUGGAUCCUGCCCAUGCUAAAAACCCUUCAUGCACUAUAGAGCUUAGUGCUAUCAAGACUCAGUGGACUCAGGUUGGAGUAAAUCCAACAUUUACCUGUCCCUUUCUAGGCCCCAAGAUGUCCAUCGCUAAUGUGGCCGCCCAGGCCAUGCUGUCGGACGCCCUGCUCCGCGACGGCGCUGGGGGCAACCGCAUCGGUCACCUGGAGCUGGAGCUGCCGCUCGACAGGGUCAUCAAGUUUGUCUCCGUGGGGCUGCCCUUGCUGCUGGUGUCCAUGGCCUUUGCUCGCGAAAUCUCCAUCGGUCAGUCAGUCUCUCUCUCUCUCUCUCUCUCUCUCUCUCUCUCUCUCUCUCUCUCUCUCUCUCUCUCUCUCUCUCUCUCUCUCUCUCUCUCUCUCUCUCUCUCUCUCUCUCUCCCCCCCCAACCUUGGUCAACUGCAGCAAUAACACUAACACAACAAUGUGUGUGGUAGCGCCACCCAUAACAGGCUACAGACAGGCAAGCUUAUUUCCUUGUUUCAUUGACAUUGAGCUAACGAUCGUCUUCCCACGGAGCUGGCCUUUAAUCAGCCGCUACAGAUAUUAAUAGGCAGGGGGAUGAUUGAGAGCAGCGUUCGCAGACACUGCAUUGCUCGGUAAUUACAGGCAACCUGGUCUUUUUGCAGCUCUCUAUCGAAGUCAAACGAUAGGAUAUGUUAAUUAACUGGAAGAUGUUGCAAAAUGGAAAACAGUCUAGAAACAGUUGAUGGAUCUUAGCCCUCCUUCUCUAGUUUGUUUUCUGCUUUAUCUUUCGUUUAUUGUCUGGUUGGUGUCUGUGUUGUGUGCACCUGCGGCUGCAGACAAGAUUUCUACCACAGCUACAAAUAGCUGGGUGAGAAGGAGCCCUUGUUGUACAAUGUGUACCAAGCAACAUAGCGAUGGCAAUAGGGGUUCUUUGUCAAACUGUCUGUGGUUGAAAGAACAUGCUUUGUUGCUGUCUGUGUUCCCUUGUAACCUGACGGCCUUAAAUAGUCAAUUUCAGAUACAGUAUGUCCCCAGCUAUCUCAAUUUAUACAAAGACACACACACACACAUAGUUUCACAUCUACAUUGUGUUACAUGUAAUCUGUCCAUGUACAGUUAUCUGUAAUAACAUACUAACAGUAGGAGUGCAGCAUAAGCAUUCUGCAUGUCCUGUCAGUAAAUUGAUGGUUGCGUGAGCUUCUUUUAGGAGACUCUCACUGAUGUGGAGGCUGUCUAUAAAAAUAGUGUAUCCUGUGUUUAACUCAGGGUUUUCUCUGAAGUGCAAGGGGCACGCCCGUCGCCCUGCCCUCCCAGCACUGCUGUAGGGGAGAUAGGCUGAAGGGAAGGGUGUGGACCCCUGGCUCUGUGGUUCAACCAUCUGUAUGGUGGAGCGGGCCGGGCUCGGUCCUGAAAAACACCCACACAUUAGGAGAGUAAUACCACCCUGUUUUAAAACCCAGUUUUCCAUUUAGAAACAUAUGAUUUAGAUUUUUUUACUUUUCUGCUUCUGGAAAAGGGAAACUUUCACAUUAAGGAAUCUCUCUCUCUCUCUCUCUCUCUCUCUCUCUCUCUCUCUCUCUCUCUCUCGUGUGUGUGUUUAUGCCUAUGCAUGCAAAUAUGUUUGUUAUGUGUGUGCACAUGCAUGCAUCUUUAUGUCAGUGUAAUAGCUUUACAAAAUAUUAACGUUUUUCCUCUAGGCCCACAGAUCAGCUGUUUCCCCCCCAAUAAUUUCACAGCCAAGCAGGCAGCCUACGUGGACACGUACUGCUGGGACUCCCUGAUGCACCAUGAGUUUGACACAGACGGAAACUUUGAGGAGCGAUCCCUCUGGGUGCACAAGGUAAGGCCUGCUCUGUUCUGUCAUGAUAGAACGAGAGACAAUUGCACACACCUUAAAGUGGAGUUGACAGCGUUUUAAAUACUUUGAAGAUAUGAAACAAACAGACAAUCAUAAUAUCAGUCAGAAAAAUCUAAUUCCCAGUUUAUGCUACAAAACCAACUUUAUAAGAGGUUUUAAAAUCAGGUUAUAUUUGACUCAACAUUUCAUGACAGAGAGUAAGGCAUUGUUGGCAGAAUAGAUGUACAGUAUGCAGUUCAAUGCAUUAUCAAUAUAAUUCACCAAUACAUUUCUUGGUAGUCUAACAAAUAUUACUAUCAGGUUGUAAAUCACAGCUGCCUCCAGCCAUUCGGGAUUCAGUUUCAAUGAGUCAAUAUUUAGGACAAAAACGGACGAAUGUAACCAAGGCUGGGAAUGACAACACAAUCAACCUAGCAAGGACAAUGAUCACAAGUCAGUCAUAAUGUGGCUAAUAGGCUAGCUUAAACACAGAACCUAACGUUAGCUAGCUAGCUAGCUUCUGGGAUGAUAUUAUUGGGCGAGUGGGUGAGCGGCCGACUUUUUCCCCUCAUAUCGUAUUUCUGUCUCUACAGCUAGACAUGCAGGUGACAUUUGGUUAGUUAGCGAGAAAUGUGAAUCACUUUGCUACCUAGCUAUACUGAACUUGAACGACUGUUAGCAUAUCUCUUAGUUGUCAAUCAAAUGUAUUUGGCAUCGAUCAAAUGGGUGGGGAGGCAGGCAAGUUCCCAAUCAGUUAUUAAAACGUGGGUUGGGACAACCAUGCAUUGGCAGGCAAGCUGCAGAAGGGCGAACUAUUCCCCAUCGUUUAUCAGUGCAAUUUUGACGGCCAACUACAAACUGAAAAAGUUUGAGAGGAUUUAUCUACUGUUCCCUUGUUAGAUUUAAGCUAAUCUCGUGCUGGCUAACAUUAGUUGUUGAUCUUAUUGUUGUUGAUGUGUAUAGGCAACUGAGGGAGAGAGAGCAUACCUGUUCAUAGUUGUUUGAUCAAUAGCACUGUAAAGUUCCCAAAUGUAAGAGGACUCCCGUGGUAUUUACAUAUUUGCAGAAAUCCAUUCAGGUGUAUUUUGUGGCUUUUGGCUAAUGCUUUCUAAUGAUCUAAAGUCACGCUGUUGCUACUGCCUGUAAACGCACAGUCCAGUUCAAAGUGAAUGAUGGCAGGCCCAUUUGACAAAUGGCUUAUUUGCAUAUUGGCCUACUGUAGCUCUGAUUGGCUAUGGCGCACCAGUCUGUGUAGAGUCCAUUCCCGAACAAGACUGACAUGUUUUUAUUAGGUUUUAUUUACUACAGUGUCUAUUAAUUGUCCAAAUGCACGGCCGCUUUCCCACUCUAUAUUGCUAUAGGAAUUUUACAAAUGGCUUAGUAUACAUAAUUCCCAAACAUUCUAUGAAAGUAUGAAAAUGACCAUAUCUAAGUGGUAAAAAAAGAGGCAUCAUAUUCUUCGUGGGGGUGUAUAUGAACAGAUUUUUUAAAGAUUUCAUGUUGCUAAAACGCUGUCAGUUCCACUGUGGCACAGGAACUGAACAAAGAAGGUAACGCAAGUACUGUAAACGGUUGCUCUUUGUCAGGUGAUAAAGACCAUGGAAAGAUUGUUUCUGUCUUUGCCAUGACAACAGUGUAAUGUAAGUUGAUCAGUGGAGGCUCCACAGAGGAGGAAGGAGAGGACCAUCCUCCUAAGUGAAUUUCAUAAAAAAUGUAAAUGGUAAAACAUUAAAAAAGUUAUCCAUUUAGAUAAAACUAUACUAAAUAUAUUCACGUCACCAAAUAAUUGAUUAAAAGACACUGUUUUGCAAUGAAGGUCUACAGUAGCCUCAACAGCACUCUGUAGGGUAGCACCAUGGUGUAGCCGGAGGACAGCUAGCUUCCGUACUCCUCUGGGUACUUUGACUUCAAUAAAAAACCUAGGAGGCUCAUGGUUCUCACCCCCUUCCAUAGACUUACACAGUAAUUAUGACAACUUCUGGAGGACGUCCUCCAACCUAUCAGAGCUCUUGCAGCAUGAACUGCAUGUUGCCCACCCAAUCAAAGGAUCAGAGAAUGAAUAUAAUACUGAAAGCAUAAGCUACAGCUAGCUAGCAAUGCAGUGCAUAACAUGUGGUGAGUAGUUGACUAAAAGAGAGAGAAAGACAAUAGUUGAACAGUUUUGAACAAAUUAAUUUCUUCCAAAAUGAAGGAGAAGCAAUAUAUAUACAGUACCAGUCAAAAGUUUGGACACACCUACUCAUUGUAGAAUAAUAGUGAAGACGUCAAAACUAUGAAAUAACACAUAUGGAAUCAUGUAGUUACCAAAAAAGUGUUAUACAAAUCAAAAUAUAUUUGAGAUUUGAGAUUUUUCAAAUAGCCACCCUUUGCCUUGAUGACAGCUUUGCACACUCUUGGCAUUCUCUCAAUGCAUUUCAAUUAACAGGUGUGCCUUCUUAAAAGUUAAUUUGCUGAAUUUCUUUCCUUCUUAAUGUGUUUGAGCCGAUCAGUUGUGUUGGGACAAGGUAGGGGUGGGGUGGGGGGGUGGGGGGGGGUAUACAGAAGAUAGCCCUAUUUGGUAAAAGAACAGCUCAAAUAAGCAAAGAGAAACGACAGUCCAUCAUUACUUUAAGACAUGAAGGUCAGUCAAUACGGAACAUUUCAAGUUUCUUCAAGUGCAGUCGCAAAAACCAUCAAGCGCUAUGAUGAAACUGGAUCUCAUGAGGACCACCACAGGAAUGGAAGACCCAGAGUUACCUCUGCUGCAGAGGAUAAGUUCAUUAGAGUUACCAGCCUCAGAAAUUGCAGCCCAAAUAUAUGCUUCACAGAGGGCAAUCACAGACACAUCUCAACAUCAACUGUUCAGAGGGGACUGUGUGAAUCAGGCCUUCAUGGUCAAAUUCCUGCAAAGAAACCACUACUAAAGGACACCAAUAAGAAGAAGAGACACGAGCAGUGGACAUUAGACCGGUGGAAAUUUGUCCUUUGGUCUGGAGUCCAAAUUGGUGAUUUUUGGUUCCAACCGCCGUGUCUUUGUGAGACGCGGUGUGGGUGAACGGAUGAUCUCCGCAUGUGUAGUUCCCACCGUAAAGCAUGGAGGAGGUGUUAUGGUGUGGGGGUGCUUUGCUGGUGACACUGUCUGUGAUUUAUUUAGAAUUUGUUUAACACUUUUUGCUACUACAUGAUUCAAUAUGUGUUAUUUCAAUGUUUUGAUGUCUUCACUAUUAUUCUACAAUGUAGAAAAUAGUAAAAAUCAAGAACAACCCUUGAAUGAGUAGGUGUGUCCAAACUUUUGACUGGUACUGUAUAUACAGAGAGAGAGAUUGUCAUUUUUUUUCACUUUAAGUUUCACUUGUGGACUGUGUUUACAUGUGAUCAGGGGUGUAUUCAUUCCGCCGAUUCUGUUGAAAAAUGUUUCUUAAACGGAAGCAAACAGAACGAAACGGGGAUAAACAUACCUGAAUUUGUCCAAUAGAAACUCUUGUUUGCAACUGUUGGACUAAUGAUUACACCGUAUAUCAGCUAGAUGUAGGCAAGAGUGUGCAAGGGGGUAUUGAAUGUGUCACCUACGUUAUAAACAUUCAUUCAUAGGCUAGGUUGUAGCAACCGCAUGAUGGGUACAGGGAAAAUGUACUAGCCUAAACCUUUCGCUGUUACAUUGAACUGGGUGAAUGGAAUAGGAAUAACAGUCAUCCAAUAUGCUGUAAUAGAAAUUUGGCCAUGCUCAUGAAAAAACAAAAUCGUCCUCCCUCAUCUUAAACGGCACUGACCGCCACUGAAGUGGAUAACGAGUCAAUGGUAUACUGGAGGCAUUUUGUGGGCUAUACUGGUAUUUGCCAGAGUUGGUGGAAUAUUCCCAAUUGAAAAUACAUUCUUAAGAUAGAAACCCAAUAUCUUAUUAAAAGGGACAUUUAAUCUGCUAAAUGGCAUAUUAUUUAAAGAUUUCUCCAGACAUAACAUUGUUAAACUUUGACAAGACAUGAACAACUUGAUAUUUAUGUUACUGAGGGCAUCAGCAAUUCAUUUCAAAGCUCAGACAUGUCAUUUUAGAUGGGUUCUAUAAAUAUGUAAUAAGUAGUUCUAUAAAUACUGGGCUGUCUAAGUAAGACAUGAACCUCAUGCUCAUGGGUGUAAUGAUGGAGUUAACCGUGUGCUGUGUCCAUUUGUGUAUUUUGAUGUAUUUGGUGGAUAGUCUGUUCAGAUGAGGCAGAGGAGCUGUGUCACAAGCUUGUGAGGAGUGUCUGUGUGUGUAUGCAUGUAAGUGUGUGUGUCUGUGUGUGUGUGCGUGUGUGUGUGUUUCUUAUGUAGUACAGUACACAUUUUUUGAGUUUUUGGUGUUCAACGUGGGAAAUUAGGUGAUAUUGUGUGUAGAUAUGGAGAGAGAUAUGGAGCGCUGGAUUUUUAUAAUUUGUUUGUACAGUAAUCAUCAUUACUUUCGACUGAAAAGUGCCUCUUGCUUCCUUAAUGUUACAAUAAAGAGCAUCCAUUAAAAGUAAUUAAUCUUUCUCAUUAAAUGUAAAAUGUAGACUGUAAAUCACUCUCUCGUUCUCUACCUCCCUAUCCUUCCCUUCUUCUCUCUUAUACUUUCACUCUUUCUCUCACUCUUCUUUUUUCUGUUCUGUUCUCUUCUCUUUCUCUCUACCUGUCCGGCCCCCUCCCUUUUUCUUCCUUUCUUCCUCACCUUCCCUCCUUCUUUAUUGCUUCCCUCCCUCCCUCCUUCUCAGAUGUUCCCAUACUCUCUGUUGGCUAUGGCCAUGAUGAUGUACCUGCCUGCCCUCAUCUGGCGUUUCCUGGUCAUGCCGUCAUUGGGCUCCGACCUGCUCUUCAUCAUUGACGAGCUGGACAAGUCCUACAAUCGCUCCGUGCGCUUGGCUCAGAGCAUCCUGGAGAUGCGCCAGAACACCCAGAACCCCCUCACCUUCCAGGCCGAGCUUGAGAGGUGAGAGUGGGUGUGGCAAAGAUUGUGGCAGAGAUAGAUCCAAACAGAUUGGUUGAGGCAGGAAUUUUGGACUGGGGAAGAGGGGAAGUCAGCAGGCUUAGAAUUGAUGUCUACUUUUAUUUAUUUGCACACAAGAAAAUACAAAAAAUAUGAUGACUUUAAAAUGCAAAUGAAGAGAGCAUGUUCAGGAGAGGUAAAAAAAAAAAAACAUGAGACAACUGGUUCAAAGCAAAUACGUUGUCCCUAAAUGUAAAUGAUUUUAAAAAAUUAAAAAGAAACAAUCUUCCGUAUAUCCAAUCAUUUACAAUGAUCGUGUUCAAUCCACCAAAUUUUUACACUCAUAGAAAAAAGGUGCUAUCUAGAACCUAAUAGGGUUAUUCAGCUGCCCCCAUAGGAGAACCCUUUGAAGAACCCGUUUUGGUUCCAGGAAGAACCGUUUUGGGUUCCAUGUAGAACCCUCUGUGGAAAUGAAACCCAAAACGGUUUUACCUGGACCAAAAAGUGUUCUCCUAUGGGGACAGCCGAAGAACCCUUUAGGAACUCUUUUUUUCUGAGUGUAGGAGUCCUCAUUGACGAAAAAGUAAAUUGGAAAAAUCACAUUUAAUAUGUCUCCAAUACAAUUGUGAAAGUAUUGGUGUCAUCAGAUGAAUUCAACAUCUUAUCCCAAGAAAAAUAAUUUUGAAUGUAUACUACAGCUUAACCUAUCCAUUCAUGUCAUAUUGCAAUAUAGUCUGGGCUAGUACUUAUAAAAGCAACCUCAAUAACAUUUUCCUUUUUCAAAAGCGUUUUGUGAGAAUGGCAACUCACUCCGACAAGUCGUGCCAGUUCCUCUCCACUCUUUCAUCACCUUCAAAUCCUCAAUAUUUAUGACAUCAAUCAACUUCAAGUCUGUUUAUUUGUAUUCCAGUUCAAAAUAAAUCUACUCCCUGUUUCUUUUCAAACUCUUUUCAAAUUCAAUACUCAGGUUCGUCAUUAUUCUACAAGAAUGGCCACAGAUCUCCACACCCCUUUUUUCCGUACAAGAUUAGUAAAUUCUCCAUUACUUACAUACUGUAGGGCAGUUUUCUUUUAUUUUUACUGUCUCCCGGACUACCUCAAGCACUGCAACAGCUUCAACUCCUUCAAAUGCAAAAUGAAAAAAGAUCUACUGGACAUUCCAUACAUUGACUCAUCCAAAUAAUCUGAUGCCUAUAUGUCACUCAUGCUGAUUAUGAAUCUUUUCUAUUUAAAAAAGUUGUUUCUUACCCCCUGAUUUUUUUCUUUGUAAAUCUCCACCUAUUUGUUUCUAAGUCUUAAAAAUCAGGAUCCUACUUUUUGAUUGUUUUUGUUCUAUAAACAUUUGAAAGGGGGAGGUGCCUUACACCAGGGUUCCCCAAACUCGGUCCUGGGGCCCCCCCUGGGUGCAUGUUUUGGAUUUUGCCCUAGCACUACACAGCUGAUUCAAAUAACCAACUCAUCAAGCUUUGAUUAUUUGAAUCCACUGUGUGGUGCUAGAGCAAAAACCAAAACAUGCACUUAUUAGCUUACAAAAGUACAAAAGCAAGCUAAUAACAGCCAAAAGUAUCUGAAAACAAGACACUAUUUAGGCUUUAACUACAGUUAUGUGACUGACUAUUUAAAUCUUGAAUACUAUGAUAAAUGCCUUAGAUCCUCAUACAACCUCCAUUACCAAACAACGGAGCCAAUAACAUGAAAGUGUGUUUGAGCCAACUGUCCUUUAACCCCAUCUCUUCCAUGGUCUCUUUCAGGGCCAAGCGGAAGCGUUACUUCGAGUAUCCCCUGUUGGAGAGGUACAUGCAGAGCAAGCACGGCUCCUACUUCCUGGUCAGCAUGCUCUUUCUGCGCGGCUUCCUGUUGCUCACCUUCAUGUCUGCCGCCUGCCUCUACCUCGUCUACUUCCACCUAUCCGCCUUUCUCCAGGAUGAGUUCAGCUGCUUUGUCCGCACCGGCUUGCUACGCGACCAGAACUGGGUCCCUGAGCUGGUCCAGUGUAAAAUGACCGGCCAACUGGUCUUCCAGAUUAUUAGCGUGGCUAACGGCGCUAUCUAUGUCCUGCUGGUGCCUAUCGUGCUGUUCAGCUUGGUCCGCCUCUUCUGCUGGGAUACGACUCUAUUGUCGGUCUACGAAGUUCUCCCUGCAUUGGGACUUAACAGCGGUCGCAAGCUGGGCUGCCCGCUCAACGACCUCAACGUUCUUCUGCUGUUUUUGCGAGCUAACGUGGCGCAUCUGCAGUCUUAUGGCAGGCUGAGGGCUGUAUGCUCGCUGGCGCCCCCGCAGAUCGGGAAGGGGAACGGCGUGAAGGGCGCAGGGAUGCUGACGGCAGAGGAGAUCGAGGAGAGGGCCGAGGCGGUGCAGGAGCUGGAGGAAGAGGUGGAGGAGCUGCAGGAGGAAGGGAAGCUCAACCUGGUGGAUAUCAUGACCAUUUUAGGAGCGGCCCGGGGAAACGCGGUCAACUGCACCGAGUCCAGACCUCUGGUGGAGGAGAAUAUGAGUCUGGGUACCGUAACUUUUAUCUACACUCUCAAACGUAUUCUGCUAGUGGGAUUGUUCGUCUAUAUCGUUUGGGAUGUUCAGAAAAUUAUAAAGUGAAGGAGCUCUCUCUGCGAGACUGCAGAUGAUGUUCAAAUUAAGUACAGAGCGACUGUACUGAAUACCGGAUGGUAGUGUAAGCAGUUUGAAUAGCAACUAUACUCUUACUGAAUAUUGGAUGAGGAGACAAUAGUAGUAAUGGACUUCACUUGAGAUAGCAGUUUUGACUCAAAAUUUUCCAUCCACACUGUUAGAAAACAAUAGCGAACAUAAGAAUAUACCAUAAUAUACUGUAUAUGUUCUCAGUAACUGUGAUACAAAAAUGCUUUGCACAAAUAUUAACUGUCCACAAAUUGUUUUCUUAUACAUGUACUACUAUACCAGUAGGCCUAAUAUAAAUAAGUAUUACGUGUUAAAGAGUUUUUCCCAGGACUGGAAAGCCUAUCAUUCUAAAAGAGGCUUUUAUUAGGAACUACAGCAAGAGAGCAGAUACAAUUUGUGGUCCUUCCCACUCCUAACUCCCCUCUCUGUUUCCUUACAGAGCCAAACCACCAGGGGUACCAUGAGUUGAAGGAGACUGCAUCAUGUAAUCAUUACUAAACCACCAAUUGACUGAACCAUCAAUGUGACACCAAUUGGGGGUGGGGGGUGGGGGGUGGGGGGUGGGGUAGUCAAAAAGACUCAACCUGGGAGAGAAGUGAGGGAAGGGGUUCUGUAUCCAGAGAAAUUGUUCAAAAAAGCCUCCAUUAGAAUUAAAAGCUUGGUGGUUAACUUGAGCGAUGUCGUUUCUUCAUGUAUGACUGAGGUUUUUGGUCGUUGUGACUCAACUUAAUUUCAACCUCAGAUUUCCUACUUUUCUUUAUGGUUAUGCUAUUUACUGUACUUGAUUUUGUAAUUUGUCAACAGGUAAACUUGUAUUUGUUCUACGUCAACAGAUACCAAUGUAAUGAAUAAAGUUAUUUUUAUGACUGUUGUGUUGAACGGCUCAAGUGCAACAUUUCCCUCACCACUUGUGAAUCACUUUGUAAAUUAAUUGCCUCGGACACAUAGUCUUAUUCUGCUCUUCAAAUCAAAUCAAAUUGUAUUUGUCACAUGCGCCGAAUACAACAGGUGUAGACAGUGAAAUGCUUACUUACGAGCCCUUAACCAACAAUGCAGUUCAAGAAAUAGAGUUAAGAAAAUAAACUAAAGUAAAAAAUAAAAUAAAAAGUAGCACAAUCAAAUAACAAUAACGAGGCUAUAUGCAGAGGUUACCGGUACCGCUCUUGUAGUAAAUUGUAAUAAAAUUAUAUUAAAUUAAUGUUCUUAUCCUACACCCAGUCCUGACUGAAAGGGCCACCAAAAUUGCACCUUCAACAUUCACUCAUUUAUAGGUAGUGGGGUUAAGCAAUGACAAGUACCAGGGUUGGGAAAACAGGGUUGAUAAUGUAGGGGUUGAAGAAAGUUUCACAUAUUUGCUGCCCAACGUGGUUUGGAGGGAGCAGUGCUUAGAUGGCAUUUUGGACUGCAAUGUCAGAUGUCCUGCAAAGACUGUCAUAGGUCUUGUCCCAAAUGGCACCCUACUCCCUAUAUACACUCUUAGAAAAAAGGGUUAUUCAGCUGUCCCCAUGGGAGAACCCUUUUUGGUUCCAUGUAGAACCCUUUUGGGUUCUGUGUAGAACCUUCUGUGGAAAGGGUCCCUAAAUGUAACCCAAAAGGGUUCUACUUGGAACCAAAAAGGGUUCUUCAAAGGGUUCUCCUAUGGGGACAGCCGAAGAACCCUUUUAGGUUCUAGAUAGCACCUUUUUUUCUAAGAGUGUAGUGUACUACUUUUGACCGGGGCCCAUAGGGCUCUGGUUAAAAUAGUGCACUACAGUGGGGGAAAAAAGUAUUUAGUCAGCCACCAAUUGUGCAAGUUCUCCCACUUAAAAAGAUGAGAGAGGCCUGUAAUUUUCAUCAUAGGUACACGUCAUCUAUGACAGACAAAAUGAGAAAAAGAAAUCCAGAAAAUCACAUUGUAGGAUUUUUUAUGAAUUUAUUUGCAAAUUAUGGUGGAAAAUAAGUAUUUGGUCACCUACAAACAAGCAAGAUUUCUGGCUCUCACAGACCUGUAACUUCUUCUUUAAGAGGCUCCUCUGUCCUCCACUCGUUACCUGUAUUAAUGGCACCUGUUUGAACUUGUUAUCAGUAUAAAAGACACCUGUCCACAACCUCAAACAGUCACACUCCAAACUCCACUAUGGCCAAGACCAAAGAGCUGUCAAAGGACACCAGAAACAAAAUUGUAGACCUGCACCAGGCUGGGAAGACUGAAUCUGCAAUAGGUAAGCAGCUUGGUUUGAAGAAAUCAACUGUGGGAGCAAUUAUUAGGAAAUGGAAGACAUACAAGACCACUGAUAAUCUCCCUCGAUCUGGGGCUCCACGCAAAAUCUCACCCCGUGGGGUCAAAAUGAUCACAAGAACGGUGAGCAAAAAUCCCAGAACCACACGGGGGGACCUAGUGAAUGACCUGCAGAGAGCUGGGACCAAAGUAACAAAGCCUACCAUCAGUAACACACUACGCCGCCAGGGACUCAAAUCCUGCAGUGCCAGACGUGUCCCCCUGCUUAAGCCAGUACAUUUCCAGGCCCGUCUGAAGUUUGCUAGAGUGCAUUUGGAUGAUCCAGAAGAGGAUUGGGAGAAUGUCAUAUGGUCAGAUGAAACCAAAAUAGAACUUUCUGGUAAAAACUCAACUCGUCGUGUUUGGAGGACAAAGAAUGCUGAGUUGCAUCCAAAGAACAGCAUACCUACUGUGAAGCAUGGGGGUGGAAACAUCAUGCUUUGGGGCUGUUUUUCUGCAAAGGGACCAGGACGACUGAUCCGUGUAAAGGAAGGAAUGAAUGGGGCCAUGUAUCGUGAGAUUUUGAGUGAAAACCUCCUUCCAUCAGCAAGGGCAUUGAAGAUGAAACAUGGCUGGGUCUUUCAGCAUGACAAUGAUCCCAAACACACCGCCCGGGCAACGAAGGAGUGGCUUCGUAAGAAGCAUUUCAAGGUCCUGGAGUGGCCUAGCCAGUCUCCAGAUCUCAACCCCAUAGAAAAUCUUUGGAGGGAGUUGAAAGUCCGUGUUGCCCAGCGACAGCCCCAAAACAUCACUGCUCUAGAGGAGAUCUGAAUGGAGGAAUGGGCCAAAAUACCAGCAACAGUGUGUGAAAACCUUGUGAAGACUUACAGAAAACGUUUGACCUGUGUCAUUGCCAACAAAGGGUAUAUAAAGUAUUGAGAAACUUUUGUUAUUGACCAAAUACUUAUUUUCCAACAUAAUUUGCAAAUAAAUUCAUAAAAAAUCCUACAAUGUGAUUUUAUGGAGAAAAAAAAUCUAAUUUUGUCUGUCAUAGUUGACGUGUACCUAUGAUGAAAAUUACAGGCCUCUCUCAUCUUUUUAAGUGGGAGAACUUGCACAAUUGGUGGCUGACUAAAUACUUUUUUUCCCCACUGUAUGUAGGGAAUAUGGUGUUGGGACUCAGCCAUAAUGUUAGUUGUGCAGCUAUAGCCACAUCCUUAAAGAUCCUUUCUGACCUUUGGUACUCACACAUAAAACCACAUCUAAGUUCAAAGUGUGGAAACACACUACAAUAUGUUGCCCUCAUGCAGAUAUAGCCUUGUAUGCCAGACGUAUAGGCUAUAGACACAUGCUGGUGAGCGAGACUCUGCAAUACUUUGGUAACCAUAAUUCCUCAACUGUAUAUUGCAACUGUUGGUAAUGAUUAUUGAAAUAGGCAAUGAAAAUAAACUGCCCAUUCGUAGACUGUUUCAAAAUAGUUACCUAGUAUGUCUACUGUGUAGUUAUACAGUUUCUGAAUCCUCUCCCUGAAGCACCCCACUCUGUUUUUUGCGUUUGAAUAUAAUUCCUCAUAUUAGCCCUGGCAAAGACAUCAGGUGCCAUAACACAGCCCUUCAUUAUAUCUCAUGAAUUGACACUGUAAAUAGAGCUGCUCACUUUAGUCUAUUUCUACUCGGGCUGGGAUUAGAUUUGUAUUUUUAUUUAUUUUUGUCAUUUAGCAGACACUCUUAUCCAGAGCGACUUACAGUUAGUGAAUACAUUUUAUACUGGCCCUCCGUGGGAAUCGAACCCACAACCCUGGCAUUGCAAACACCAUGCUCUAUCAACUGAGCUACAUCCCUGCCGGCCAUUCCCUCCCCUACCCUGGACGACGCUGGGCCAAUUGUGCGCCGCCCAUGAGUCUCCCGGUCGCGGCCGGCUGCGACAAAGCCUGGAUUCAAACCAGGAUCUCUAGUGGCACAGUUAGCACUGCGAUUAGACCACUGCGCCACUCAGGAGUACAUUGUUUCAUAUCACACAUCUUGAUGAAAAUCCUCACAAACUCUCCAUAACUUAUCUGUCCAUAAUUCCCUAAAUCCUUUUUGUAAAUAUAAACAGAACUAAACAAGAGACAUGAUCUUUGGAAUGUUAUGAUUACAUAUUUCCAAAUGAACAAACAAAUUAAUGAAUUAAACAAAUCAAUCAAUCAGCCAAUAAAUCAAUAAAUCAAGAUAACAACCAACCUUCAAUGGAUUCAUAAAAAGUUUGCCAUGAUUAAAACUUGUUUACUUCUCAACUUGAAGCAUAUCUGUCACUGUAGCUUAUACAAUCAGUUUGUCCUUAUUUGCCUCUGAAAUAUUGAGAGUAAUCACUCACAGCCAGUUAGAGACCUGUUCAGUACUAUCCAUCACCACCCAGGGUUCCACUGGGUUUGAUGCCCAAGUUCAUGAACUGUCAGCACAAGACAUAUCUGACCUUUUUAAUGGAUUAUGCUCUGAAACCUUUACAAAUAGGCAUGGUCUGGAACAAACAGGACCCUGAACAGCUUCUACCCCCAAGCCAUAAGACUGCUAAAUAGUUAGUUAAAUAAUUAAUCAAAUAGCUACUGGACUAUCAGCACUGACCCUUUUUUGCACUAACUUUUUUUACUCAUCACAUACGCUGCUGCUACUGUUUACUAUCUGUCACUUUAUUUCUAAUUAUACUGUAUGUACAUAUCUACAGUUGAAGUCGGAAGUUUACAUACACAGUUUUUCAACCACUCCACACAUUUCUUGUUCAUAAACUAUAGUUUUGGCAUGUCGGUUGGGACAUCUACUUUGUGCAUGACACAAGUAAUUUUUCCAACAAUUGUUUACAGACAGAUUAUUUCACUUAUAAUUCACUGUAUCAAAACUCCAGUGGGUCAGAUAUUUACAUACACUAAAUUGACUGUGCUUUUAAACAGCUUGGGAAAUUCCAGGCUUUAGAAGUUUCUGAUAGGCUAAUUGACAUCAUUUGAGUCAAUUGGAGGUGUACCUGUGGAUGUAUUUCAAGGCCUACCUUCAAACUCAGUGCCUCUUUGCUUGACAUCAUGGGAAAAUCAAAAGAAAUAAGCCAAAAAAAAUGUAGACCUCCACAAGUCUGGUUCAUCCUUGUUCAUCAGUACAAACAAUAGUACGCAAGUAUAAACACCAUGGGACCACUCAGCCGUCAUACCGCUCAGGAAGGAGACACGUUCUGUCUCCUAGAGAUGAACGUACUUUGGUGCGAAAAGUGCAAAUCAAUCCCAGAACAACAGCAAAGGACCUUGUGAAGAUGCUGGAGGUAACAGGUACAAAAGUAUCUAUAUCCACAGUAAAAUGAGUCCUAUAUCGGCAUAACCUGAAAGGCCGCUCAGCAAGGAAGAAGCCACUGCUCCAAAACUGCCAUAAAAAAGCCAGACUACAGUUUGCAACUGCACAUGGGGACAAAUAUUGUACUUUUUGGAGCAAUGUCCUCUCGUCUGAUGAAACAAAAAUAGAACUGUUUGGCCAUAAUGACCAUCGUUAUGUUUGGAGGAAAAAGGGGGUAGCUUGCAAGCCGAAGAACACCAUCCCAACCGUGAAGCACGGGGGUGGCAGCAACAUGCAGUGGGGGUGCUUUGCUGCAGGAGGGACUGGUGCACUUCACAAAAUAGAUGGCAUCAUGAGGAUGGAAAAUUAUGUGGAUAUAUUGAAGCAACAUCUCAAGACAUCAGUCAGGAAGUUAAAGCUUGUUCGCAAAUGGGUCUUCCAAAUGGACAAUGACCCCAAGCAUACUUCCAAAGUUGUGGCAAAAUGGCUUAAGGACAACAAAGUCAAGGUAUUGGAGUGGCCAUCACAAAGCCCUGACCUCAAUUCUAUAGAAAAUGUGUGGGCAGAACUGAAAAAGCAUGUGCGAGCAAGGAGGCCUACAAACCUGACUCAGUUACACAAGCUCUGUCAGGAGGAAUGGGCCAAAAUUCACCCAACUUAUUGUGGGAAGCAUGUGGAAGGUUACCCGAAACGUUUGACCCAAGUUAAACAAUUUAAAGGCAAUGCUACAAAUACUAAUUGAGUGUAUGUAAACUUCUGACCCACUGGGAAUGUGAUAAAAUAAAUAAAUCUGAAAUCAAUCAUUCUCUCUACUAUUAUUCUGACAUUUCACAUUCUUAAAAUAAAGUGGUGAUCCUAACUGAACUAAGACAGAUAAUUCUUACUAGGAUUAAAUGUCAGGAAUUGUGAAAAACUGAGUUUAAAUGUAUUUGGCUAAGGUGUUUGCAAACUUCCGACUUCAACUGUACCUCAAUUACCUCAUAGCCCUGCACUACGACUCGGUACCGAUACCCCUUGUAUAUAACCAAGCUAUCGUUACUCAUUGUAUAUCUAUAUAUUAUUACUUUUACGUGUUUUACUUUUCUAUUAUUUCUCUAUUUUCUUCUGUCUGCAUUGUUGGGAAGUGAAAUGCUUACGGGCAGUAAGUAAGCAUUUCACUGUUAGUCCACACCUGUUAUUUACAAAGCAUGUGACAAUUAACCUUUUACUUGAUCUGGCUACAAUAAAUGGCUUGAGUACAGAGCUAAUGUGGACAACAUGUGAAAAGCAAAUAAUGUAGUAAUUAUUCAUUAUCAGUCUAACAAUAAAUUCAAAGGUUGCUAGUGGAGGCUCCUCAGAGGAGGAAGGGGAGGACCUUCCUACUCAGUGAAUUUCAGCAAAAUUCAAAUAGUGAAACAUAAAAAAGUUAUCCUUUUUAGAACUAUACAAAAUAUAAUCACGUCACCAAAUAACUGAUUAAUAACUGAAGGUCUCCAGUAGCCUGAACAGCAUCCUCUAGGGUAGCACUAUGGUGUAGCCAGAGGACAGCUAUUUUCCAUUCUCCUCUGGGUACAUUGACUUCAAUACAAAACCUAGGAGGCUCAUGGUUCUCACCCCUUCCAUAGACUUACACAGUAAGUCAAAGGAUCAGAGAAUGAAUCUAGUACUGAAAGCAUAAGCUACAGCUAGCUAGUAGUGCAUACAGUGUGGUGAGUAGUUGACUCAAAGAGAGAGAAAGACAAUUGAACAGUUUUGAUCAAAUUAAUUUCUUCAAAAAUCUAGAUAUAUUUGAUUACUUUUUUUCUUAGUUCACCUUUCACUUACUUAUCUAAUGCAGCUAAUUUAGCCUACUCAACAACCUGAUUCAAACAGAGAGGAAUGCUAUUUAUAUUAGCUAGCUGGCUAAGGCUAUCUAAACUGCAACUAUUCACAUGUCAAGGUAAACUUUCGGGGCCCGCCGGUGUAGCUGCUAAACAUCUUGCUGUACACUGUGCUGCGUGAUUGUACACAUGGAUUGGACAGGGCCUGCGUUAUGGGCUGGCCUUAGGGGGCCUGGCCUCCUUUACCGUACCUCCUUGCCCGUCCAAAUAAAAUAUUUAAUUAUUGAUAAUUUAUUUGACCGAGACGCACACUGACAGAAAGAUGCAUCAAUUUCAGAUAAAGCAUCUGAGCAAGCGAAACAGUGCCCCUCUGUCUCUGUAUGUGUAGCCCAUGUAUCUGAUGUUUUCUGGAGAAAAAUAAUAUGGUAUGCCAAUUAGUGUCAAUAAAAAAAAAAUAACUAAACAAUGAAAGAUAAUUUAAGAGGUCGAUGUCCGCGUCCCCGACGGAAUCUAAUUAGCAUAACAAAACAAUCCCCAUAAAAAUCUGUCAGUUUAAGCUAGAUAUAUUUUUUGCAUUGGAUACGUCUCAAUCCACUUCAUCCGCCUAUGUCGCACUUCCGCAUCUGCGGUGAAAGGUGACAGAGCUAGAGUGGUAUUUGUCAGACCAUGAGACAUCCCGAAAAUCGGUCUUCUCACAAAAUCGUCUGUAGUGUCCAAACGGUUUGCUCUAGGAUGCCCACAGGCCUCACAAGAUUCGUCUGAAGGUCCCCUGGUACCAGUUGAAAAAUGUUUAAGGGAGUUUAUAUGGAGACUGUUUAGUGCAAAAAUAAGGGGUUAAAUACAUGUAAAAAAUUAUAUAUAUUUUUUUUCCUGAUCUUUCUUAUAUCUCUCAGAUAUAGGACAGAAACUUCAGAACAAACAUCCUUUAGAUAUUUUUUGGGACUAUCUGUCAUUCCAUGUAGUGAAUCUGUUAUUCAAUGCAUUUGUAUGGGCUAAUAGCAGUAAGGCUACAAAUAAUGUUUUUUUAAAAUUAUCCUUGGUAUGACCUUCUUGAAACAAUUCCAUAUAGCUUAGUAGAACCCAACCCCCAGCUUAGACAGGGCAUAGACUCUUAUGGGUUAAAAAACAUUCUUGAAGGUCGCAGGGUUCGCUGGUUUUUGCUCUAGACAUUUAAAAUCAGCGACUAAUGCAGUAUAGACUUUGGAAACCAGGUGUGGGCAUUCUCUGGUCAAACAGUGUUCUAAUUAAUCAAUUAAGUGUCAGGAAGGAAAACAAACCAUGCAGAAUUACAACCCUGGAGGACUGACGUUGUGCACUGCUGAGGUAGAGAGAGCAAGAGAGAGAACAAAGACAGAAAUGCGUAAAAUUAAUCUAACAUUCCAACUGGUUCUGAAGCCCUUGGAUCACAAUCCACAGUGCUCAUUCAGAUGCCAUGUGUUGGCCUUUUCACACCAUUGGAUGCCAGUUACACAGCUAUGAACGAGCACAUAUCAGGGCGGCACAGCAAAUAACACUAUUAAUUUGAUGGAAGACAAAAGGCGAGACAGGUUGCUUGGAGGCUUUUUGGCAUAAUGGGUCUCUUUUGGAGGUAAGCAGGUGAAUAACUAAUGCAACAUCAACUGUGGACAAGUGCACCUGUGGAAGUCCAAUUAUAAAUGAUGGCCUCCAUUCUGCUGAAGUGUUUCUAUGUAAAGAUGGAUCAUUAGGAGUUUCUUCUUCGAAACACCAGGUGGGGAGUCUUAGAGUGCUACAGGAGAGGAGGAGAUAAAGACUACCUGAUGUUUCCUGGGAUAAUAAUAUGGCUUUUUGUAUUCACACAAACAUAUGCUUGUACGGUUGUUGUGGGUAUUUCUGUUUCUAUGACUUAUGUCUUAUUGCAUCAGCUGUUUGAUUGACACCAUACCACUGGGGGGCACAGUUGAGUUGAAUAGGGAGGAUGAUUGCAAGUUGGUUUCUAAAGCUCCAGGAUUGCAACUUGCAUCACAAAUAAGAUUGUUUUGACAUGGAGCUAGAUCCCACUGAGCACAAAGAUAAAUGAUCAUUCCAUACCAGCUCUAAUACAGCUUGCAGUAUACCAGCACAAUCACAUUGAACCAAACACUUGCUCGAAAAGCAUUUGAUUGAAUGUGUGCCAUUAGACAAUCAAUGUUAGGCCAAAUCUCGCUGGCCUACCCUUCCUCCCGCAACGCAGAGCAAGCGAUCCAUCGUGUCACAAACGCUGAGAGGGGAUAACACUGGCCAUAUAUUUUCUCUCAUCGUCUGUUUGUUGCUUUUGUGUGUGGCAAUGAUCUAUGGUUUCUGGGGGCGAGUGUCGCAAGUGGCCACGCUAAUGUCCAAUUAAGAUUGAUGUUUUAGGUUGGGCGGUGAGAGAGGGAUAAUAACGAGCCUAUGGGAAUGAUGGAUGCUGCCUUCAGGUUGAGUGAGGAUUCCAACGACAAAUGCACUCUGUCACUGUUUUCUGUUGCUACGGCUAGAUUGCUGUAAUGGUCCCUUAAUCCACUAUUAUUACAGUUGGGGUGAGGGAGAGAAAGGGAAAGAGGAUGGGGGAACCACAGUCAAGGUCCACUUCAGAUCCUAAAAUGUUUAUUACUGCUGCUAAAUGCCUGCAUGGAGAGGUGAAAACAGUCGGUGAUGUAGUGAAACGUUAAGUACUGCAGUCUGGAGCCACAGCCGCAGGGACCUCCAGCUCCAGCUUCUGACCAAAUCAAUACAACUCACCUUGUUUCCAGGAAACUGCUAAAUGAAGACAGAUCCCCAAAUUAAAGGAGUAGUCAGGGUACUCACAAAACACACCCGACGACACACAAUACUUUUAAUAUUAACUCAGUACUUAGUGAGUACAGAAAACUGUCGUUUGUUAACCCAUCAACGUAUCAGGGAGGAUUUUUUAAGAGCUGUACAUCUGCCAACAACUCACAGUGGUUCAGUGGCAAAGUAAAAACUCCCCUCAAAAUGUUGAAUCUUACAACUCAGCCUGAGGUGAGAUUUGGUUACCGUCUGCUACUCUCAAUCUGAUGUCAACUGCCAGAACACCAGACGCUUUGUGACUCUAGCAUUAGCUUGCGGCGGCUGAAGUACCUUCAAGUGUCAAGGCAAAGCACAACUGUCACCGCCUAAGCUGCUAAGAUGGCUGACGUCAGUUAGCGGUUAGCGUGUAAGAAAAUACUCUGACCUUGAAGUCAAUCAACAAUUGACAGGCGUGACACAGAUAACACAAGCUGUUUAGCAUGUUCUGAAAGGUGAGAAUGUUUCCCUAUCCCCUCUUCCCUCUGUUUUGGCGUUCGCCUGACCCCCAUUGAUUGAUAACAACACGGGAGCUCCAAAGGAAAUGUAGCUGCUGCCAUGUAAGCACAAGGACUUGGAUAAGGUCAUGUCAACAAACCUGACAGAUGAUCUUGACAUGGCUGCCUCCAGGGCCGUAUUAAGAAAUCAUAGGCCUUGGGGCUUUGUCCGUGCACCAAGAUGCAAUUCGAUGCGUGAUAAAUUUACUGUUGAAGAAAAAGCCCCUUUAUAAUGAAACCAUAAUAACGUAUGCCUGUGGCAUAGGCUACAGUUGAGCACAAGCGUUUUUUAGUUUUUUUUUUUAUGUCCGAAAGCAAUUUGCCUUUUAAAAAUGCAUUUCAUGCAAUUCUACAUAAUGUACAUGACAGAAGACAUUAGCAGAAUAUUUUUUAAUACCACACAAAUGACCGAAAUGAGUGGCUACUCUGACACUGACAAACUCAAUCUGGUCUUGAAUUCAAACAAAGAAUAGCCCAGGCCAAUGAAGUGACACAUUAUAUAUAUAUAUAUAUAUAUAUAUAUAUAUAUAUAUAUAUACACAGUGCAUUAGGAAUGUUCAGACCCCUUGAUUUUUUCCACAUUUUGUUACGUUACAGCAUUAUUCUAAAAUUGAUUAAAUCGAUCUGAACACAAUACCCCAUACUGACAAAGCAAAAACAGGCUUUUAGAAUUUUUAGCGAAUUUAUAAAAAAUAAAAAACGGAUAUAUCACAUUUACAUAAGUAUUCAGGGCCCAGGUGUCACAAAAUAAUCAAAGGUCUGACCGCACGGAGAUGCUUGGGAAAAUGGUUACAACAGGGGAUCAGAGUGUUUGUGUCUCAGGUGAAGAGGGUGGAUCUGAUCUCCAUCACAUAGGACUUGACAUAGAUUAAGUAGAUUAAUCAAAUCUCACAUUGUUAUCAAUUUCUGCUCAAUCUGCAUGCUUUCUCAAUCAGCUUUAACUGUAUGUGCACUCGUAAAUCAGGUUAUUACUCGAGUUGGGCUCUGGGAUAUAACAGCCGUUGAGUAUCUGAUUUUAUGGUGGAUUGUGGAGGAGGGGGGUUGAGUGUGUUGGAGUAUGUGAGUAUGUGCGUGUGUGCUUGUCUGGCAUCUGUUGUGGGGGGGUGGGGAUGUUGGGAGGGAGGGGGGGGUAUGGGAUGGACCACGGGCAUUAUUUCCUAGGAUAAUAAUUGCUUGUCAAUGAAUUAAAUGUAAUACAAUGGCAAUCCGGGUUAUAUGUUAGAAUCCUACGCAUGAACUGCCGACAUUAUUACGCAUAUUAAUUGAUAAUGAUGGAAAAUAGGAUAUGCAUAAUUUUUUAAAAAUAGUUAUAUAUAUAUAUAUAUAUAUAUAUAUAUAUAGAGGUGAAAGCAUUGGAAAUGCUUUUGGCGGUUAAUCUGCUUCUGUUUUGUGGGUGGCACUGUGUGCUGUUUUCGAUGGAUGGAUACUGGCCUCUCGGGGCCUUAGGGAUCCGGAGGGACGUGGGUGGGAUGCUGAUCACUGGGAUGACGGCUCAACUUGGGAUGGGGAGGGGCUUUAGCGGGGGUAUUAAUGGAGAACAAUUGAAGGGUUACUCCGUAGCAAUGCAAAUAUCACGGUACAGCUAUAUGGACACUCAAUCAUUACGGUAUUUUUUAUUGGUAAAUUUACAAACAUAUAUAAUGAUAAAUAGACUUGAAACUUGUAUCUCAUUAUGGUGUAAGGUGAAAUAAGUAUAGCCAGUUAUAAUUGUAAUGGCUUAGCUGAUAAUAACAAAAGAAGAACAAUAUUUACAUGGCUCAAAGAGAAGGAAUUUAAUAUCUAUUGUAUACAGGAAACUCAUUCAACAAUUCGAGAUGAAGUAGCGUGGAAAAAAGAAUGGGGGGGGGGGGGGGGGGGGGGGGGGGGGGGGGGGGAAUAUACUUCUCCCAUGGGCAAAGAAAUUCAAAAGGGGUGAUGAUAUUAAUUAAUAGUAAUUUCGAUCCGAAUGUGCAAAUUGUCCAAAUAGAUACGUAAGGUAGAUGGAUUCUUUUAAAUAUGUUAUUGGACCAUAAACAGAUAUGGCUCAUUAACCUUUACGGACCAAAUAAUGAUGAUCCACAAUUCUUUGACAAUAUAUAUAAUAAAUUAUCAACCCUGCAAGCAAUUCAAGACAAUAAUAUUAUGGUGGGGGAUUAUAAUACUGUUUUAAAUAGCUCAAUGGACCGUAAAGGAAAUCACACCACAAACAAUCACCCACAUGCUCUUAAGGAAAUUGUGAAUGUCAUGGAUACAUUAGAACUAGUAUAUAUAUGGAGGCUUAAAUAUACUGAUCUAGUGAGAUAUACAUGGCGGAGACUGAAUCAAGCUAGCCGUCUUGACUUUUUUAUCUCAAAAAAGUGUUGAUAGGGGACAGAAUGCGGUCGGACCAUCAUAUAAUAUGCAUAUACAUUACUCUUACUGAAUUUCCACGUGGGCGAGGAUAUUGGAAAUGUAAUCAAUGCCUAUUGGAUGAUAAUUUAUUUAUAAUUAGAACAAAGGAAUUUAUAACUGACUUUUUCCAACAUAACAUAGGUACAGCGAAUCCCCUUAUUGUAUGGGACACCUUUAAAUGUGCCUUUAGAGGCCAUGCAAUUCAGUACUCAUCUCGAAAACAAAAGCAAUUUAGGUCAAAAGAGUUUAUACUAAGAAAGGAAAUAGAAAGUCUAACAGAACAGAUAGAUGGCAAUAAAAACUCUAACAUAGAGGCUCAGAAUAAAUUAGAGGAAAAACUAAAAGAAAUGGAGAAACUUAUUAAAGAAAGAUCAAGUGUAAUAUAUUAUAAAAUAAAGCAAACUGGAUGGAAUAUGGGGAAAAUGCACAAAAUUAUUUUUUAAUCUUCAACAUAGGAAUGCUACCAAAAAGAACUUAAUGAAACUGGUUACAAUUGACGGAGUCACCCAUAAUAACAAUAACAAUAGAACACUAUGGAAAAUAUGGGACACCAGGCCUGCUAUUCAUAGCAGACUUCGAAAAGGCAUUUGAUAAAGUUCGACUGGGGUUUAUAUAUAAAUGCCUGGAGCAUUUCAAUUUUGGAGAAUCUCUUAUAAAAUGUAUAGUAUAGUAACCCUAGGUGUAAAAUAGUAAAUAAUGGCUAUUUCUCAGAAGGUUUUAAACUGUCAAGAGGAGUGAAACAAGGUUGUCCACUAUCGGCAUAUCUAUUUAUUGUGGCCAUCGAGAUGUUAGCUAUUAAAAUCAGAUCCAAUAAUAAUAUCAGAGGAUUAGAAAUCCAGGGCUUAAAAACAAAGGUGUCAUUGUACGCUGAUGAUUCAUGUUUUCUUUUAAAUCCACAACUAUAAUCCCUCCACAGCCUCAUAGAGGAUCUAGAUACAUUUUCUAACCUCUCUGGAUUACAACCAAAUUAUGACAAAUGUACUAUAUUACGUAUUGGAUCACUAAAAAAUAAAAAAUGUACAUGACCAUGUAGUUUACCAAUAAAAUGGUCUGAUGGUGAUGUGGAUAUACUCUGAAUACAUAUCCCAAAGGAAAUAAAUGAUCUCACUCAAUAAAUUUGUAUAGAAAGUUAGCAAAAAUAGAUAAGAUCUUACUACCAUGGAAAGGAAAAUACCUGUCAAUUUGUGGAAAAAUCACCCUGAUUAACUCUUUAGUAUUAUCCCAGUUUACCUAUUUGCUUAUGGUCUUGCCUACGCCUAGCGAACAGUUUUUUAAAUUAUAUGAGAAAAAAAUAUUCAAUUUUAUUUGGAACGGCAAGCCAGACAAAAUUAAAAGGGCAUAUUUAUAUAAUGAAUAUGAAUUCGGAGGACAGCAAUGAUUAAAUAUUAAAGCAUUAGACAUAUCACUAAAAGCUUCAGUCAUACAAAAGUUAUACUUAAAUCCGAACUGGUUCUCAAGCAAAUUAGUAAGAUUGUCUCACCCAAUGUUCUAGAAAGGCCUUUUUCCCUUUAUUCAGAUUACAACAACUCAUUUGCAGUUAUUUCAAAAGGAAAUCAUCUCCCAAAUAUCACUAUUUCUAAAACAAGCCAUAGAAAGUUGGUUGCAAUUUCAAUUUAAUCCUCCAGAAACGACAGAACAAAUAAUGCAACAAAUAUUGUGGUUAAAUUCAAAUAUACUAAUUGACAAAAAACCUUUAUUUUUUGACAGAAUGUUUAAAAAAGGUAUAAUCUUCGUAAAUUAUAUCAUCGGUAGGACUGGUGGAGUUAUGUUGCACAUGCAGCUAACAAAAACAUAUGGAAGUUCCAUGUUGUAAGGCAACAAAAUAGGAAAAAUGCCAAGGGGGGUGAAUACUUUCGCAAGCCACUGUACUCAUUCAAGGGUUUUUCUUAAUUUUUCAUAUGUACUACAUUGUAGAAAAAAUGUGAAGACAUCAAAACUAUGAAAUUAUACAUAUGGAAUCAUGUAGAGCCACCUUUUGCAGCAAUUACAGCUGCAAGUCUCUUGGGGUAUGUCUCUAUAAGCUUGGCACAUCUAGCCACUGGGAUUUUUGCCCAUUCUUCAAGGCAAAACUGCUCCAGUUCCUUCAAGUUGGAUGGGUUCCUCUGGUGUACAGCAAUCUUUAAGUCAUACCACAGAUUCUCAAUUGGAUUGAGGUCUGGGCUUUGACUAGGCCAUUCCAAGACAUUUAAAUGAUUCCCCUUAAACCACUCAAGUGUUGCUUUAGCAGUAUGCUUAGGGUCAUUGUCCUGCUGGAAGGUGAACCUCCGUCCCAGUCUCAAAUCUCUGGCAGACUGAAACAGGUUUCCCUCAAGAAUUUCCCUGCAUUUAGCGCCAUCCAUCAUUCCUUCAAUUCUGACCAGUUUCCCAGUCCCUGCCAAUGAAAAACAUUCCCACAGCAUGAUGCUGCCACCACCAUGCUUCACUGUGGGGAUGGUGUUCUCGGAGUAAUGAUGGGCAAAAAGUUCAAUUUUAGUCUCAUCUGACCAGAGUACCUUCUUCCAUAUGUUUGGGGAGUCUCCCGCAUGCCUUUUAGCGAACACCAAACGUGUUUGCUUAUUUUUUUCUUUAAGCAAUGGCUUUUUUCUGGCCACUCUUCCGUAAAGCCCAGCUUUGUGGAGUGUGCGGCUUAAAGUGGUCCUAUGGACAGAUACUCCAAUCUCCGCUGUGGAGCUUUGCAUCUCCUACAGGGUUAUCUUUGGUCUCUUUGUUGCCUCUCUGAUUAAAGCCUUCCUUCCCUGGUCCGUGAGUUUUGGUGGGCGGCCCUCUCUUUGCAGGUUUGUUGUGGUGCCAUAUUCUUUCCAUUUUUUUAUAAUGGAUUUAAUGGUGCUCCGUGGGAUGUUCAAAGUUUCUGAUAUUUUUUUAGAACCCAACCCUGAUCUUACUUCUCCACAACGUUGUCCCUGACCUGUUUGGAGAGCUCCUUGGUCUUCAUGGUGCCGCUUGCUUGGUGGUGCUCCUUGCUUAUUGGUAUUGCAGACUCUGGGGCCUUUCAGAUCAGGUGUAUAUAUACUGAGAUCAUGUGACAGAUCAUGUGAGUGACACUUAGAUUGCACACAGGUGGACUUUAUUUAACUAAUUAUGUGACUUCUGAAGGUAAUUGGUUGCACCAGAUCUUAUUUAGGGGCUUCAUAACAAAGGGGGUGGAUACAAAUGCACGCACAACUUUUCCGUUAUUAUUUUUUUUGAAUUUUUUGAAACAAACAAACAAAAAAUUCACUUCACCAAUUUGGACUAUUUUGUGUAUGUCCAUUACAUGAAAUCCAAAUAAAAAUCAAUUUAAAUUACAGGUUGUAAUGCAACAAAAUAGGAAAAAACGCCAAGGGGGAUGAAUACUUUUGCAAGGCACUGUAGGUGUGUCCAAACGUUUGACUGGUGCUGUAUAUAUACACACUAUAUAUCAUAGGCUAAUGCAGGCUCCCAUUUAUUUAUUUUUACAGCGGCACACUGACUCACCUAAUGAUGAAGAUGAAGCCAUGGGCUGAUUGCUGAUGCGCUCGUCGUAGCAAUAGCCUAUCUCAAGAUGAGCUACUUUGAAAGAUAGUGCAGUUGUUAUCUACAAAUUGGGAGUUGUUCAGAAGCAUUUUUCUAUUGGUUCUACAUACAGAUUAGUCUUCGCUUUUCAGCAGUAGGCAUUUGCUUUCCAAACUGUACAUUUUCCCCACGAUUAUAUUUUGAAAUCUGCAAAUGGCAAACUGACAUCCGCAACCAACCAUAGAAACAUAAUCCAUAGAUGGCAGUUCUCAUUCAAGUCAGGACUGGUAUCUAUUGCUAGUGUUCCCAUGAGUUUAACAGUUAAAUUGCCAGGGUAAGAGGUUAUAUGUCUAUGGACACAAUGCAACAAGCUCUAGCCUAUAUUUGGCUUGCAUGCUGCCCAUACUGCGGCCAUCCCGACUGUAGGCAUACUGGUAACUGCCAAAAUUCAGGAAAAACUUGAGUAAACUAGGGAUACAAAGUAUAUGUUAUUGUGUGGGGUGCAUUUUCUUGGCAUGCUUUAGGUCCACUUGUAGAAUCUAUGCCAAAGCGCAUUGAAGCUGUUCUGGCAGUUCAUGGGCGCAACACCGUUUUAAGACACUUUAUGUUGGUGUUUCCUUAAUUUUCGCAGAUACCUGUAUGUGCUUGUGAUAAAACUUAAUCACAGUUAUUUUUGAUCAACUAUUGAUCUUCUGUGUCUAAAUUAUGCUCUGUAUAUUUUGAAUAUUGAGAGCGGGCUCCUGUGGUUGGAAUAAAUAAUUAUAAUAAAAAAUAUAUAUUUUAAUUUUGUAUAAAUUAUUUUGCCUCUUGUGAGUUAGGGGCUUGGGCCCAGCCCCCGACUCACACAAUUGACCAGUCACAUUUAUUUAUGAUGAUUUUUUAUUUAUCAGUUACCCAAUCAAGGCAGGGCCCCCCAGUUACCUACAUGGACCCCCUACCACCUGUCAAACUCAAAUCAAAUAAAACUUUAUUUGUCACAUGUGCCAAAUACAACAGGUGUAGACCUCACCGUGAAAUGCUUACUUACAAGCCCUUAACCAACAAUGCAGUUCAAGAAAGAGUUAAGAAAAUAUUUACCAAAUAAACUAAAGUAAAAAAUAAUAAAAAGUAACACAAUGAAAUAACAAUAACGAGGCUAUAUACAGGGGGUAUCGAUACCGAGUCAAUGUGCGGGGGUACAGGUUAGUCGAGGUAAUUUGUACAUGUAGGUAGGGGUAAAGUGACUAUACAUAGAUAAUAGACAGCAGGUAGUAGCAGUGUAAAAACAAAUGGAGGGGGGGGGGGGGGGGGGGGGGGGUCCGGGUGGCCAUUUCAUUAAUUGUUUAGCAGUCUUAUGGCUUGGGGGUAGAAGCUGAACCUCUUAAGGAUCGAACCCUUUUUUUAAAAAUUUCGCCUAAAAUGACAUACCCAAAUCUAACUGCCUGUAGCUCAGGACCUGAAGCAACGAUAUGCAUAUUCUUGAUAACAUUUGAAAGGAAACACUUUGAAGUUUGUGGAAUUGUGAAAUUAAUGUAGGAGAAUAUAACACAUUAGAUCUUGUAAAAGAUAAUACAAACAAAAAAAACAUGCGUUUCUAUUUUAUUUUUGGUUCCAUCAUCUUUGAAAUGCAAGAGAAAGGUUAAAAUAUAAUAUUGCAGUUUAGGCGCAAUUAAGAUUUUGGCCACUAGAUGGCAGCAGUGUGUGUGCAAAGUUUCAGAUUGAUCCAGUGAAGCAUUGCAAAACUGGACUAUUUUGUCCAAAUGUGCCGAAUUGGUCAAUUGAUACAUUUUCAAGUACAUAACUAUAGAGAACAUACAAAAAUAAUAUGGUAAUACAAAAUGUAAGUUUACACACUCCCAGGAAUGUCAUACAUGAUGGAUCAUUAGCUUAUACACUAAGACAGCAGGGGUUCAAACUGUAGAACCCAGUUCCUACAUUUGAAUAUAAAAAUGGAUUUUAUCAAACAAAACUAUGCUACAUUUUAUCUCUGGGACUCUAAGGAUGACAAAUCAGAGCAAGAUUACUGAAUGUAAGUACAUUAUUUACCUUCAGCGGUGAAUGUAUCAAACCAGUUGCCGUGAUACGUUUUUUGUUGUUGUGCACUCUCCUCAAACAAUAGCAUGGUAUUUUUUCACUGUAAUAGCUAUUGUAAAUUGGACAGUGCAGUUAGAUUAACAAGAAUUUAAGUUUUCCGCCCAUAUAAGACAUGUCUAUGUCCUGGAAAGUUUGCCGUUACUUAUAACAGUCAUGCUAAUCACAUUAGCGCACGUUAGCUCAAUCGUCCCGUAUCACAUAGGUGUUCCUUUUGUCCAGGUGGGAAAGGGCAGUGUGGAGUGUGAUUGAGAUUGCGUCAUCUGUGGAUGUUUUGGGGCGGUAUGCGAAUUGGAGUGGGUCUAGGGUAUCCGGGAUGAUCCUGUUGAUGUGAGCCAUGACCAGCCUUUCAAAGCACUUCAUGGUGCCCCUAAACCCCUACAACUCAUCCAGAAUGCCGCAGCAGUGUUCAACCUUCCCAAGUUCUCUCACGUCACCCCGCUCCUCCGCACACUCCACUGGCUUCCAGUUGAAGCUCGCAUCUGCUACAAGACCAUGGUGCUUGCCUACGGAGCUGUGAGGGGAACGGCACCUCCGUACCUUCAGGCUCUGAUCAGUCCCUACACCGAAACGAGGGCAUUGCGUUCAUCCACCUCUGGCCUGCUGGCCCCCCUACCUCUGCGGAAGCACAGUUCCCGCUCAGCCCAGUCAAAACUGUUCGCUGCUCUGGCACCCCAAUGGUGGAACAAGCUCCCUCACGACGCCAGGACAGCGGAGUCACUCACCACCUUCCAGAGACACUUGAAACCCCACCUCUUUAAGGAAUACCUGGGAUAGGAUAAAGUAAUCAUUCUACCCCCCCUUACCCCCCCCCCCCCACCCCCCAAAAAAAAAUAAUAAUAAAAAAAAACAUAUUGUAAAGUGGUUAUCCCACUGGCUAUAAGGUGAAUGCACCAAUUUGUAAGUCGUCUGCUAAAUGAUGUAAAGGUAAAUGUAAAUGUAAUGGCUACCGACGUGAGUGCUACGGGGCAGUAAUCAAUUAGGCAGGUUACCUUCGCUUCCUUGGGCACAGGGACUAUGGUGGUCUGCUUGAAACAUGUAGGUAUUACAGACUCAGUCAGGGAGAGGUUGAAAAUGUCAGUGAAGACACUUGCCAGUUGGUCCUCCCCCCAUCUAAUGAUUAGCAGAGCGGCAGCAGGCAGCAGCAGGCUGUCUACACUCAUUGAGAGCGGGCUCCAGAAUCUUCCUGUGGUUGGCGGUUGCAGUGAAAAAUAUUAAAUAUAUACUACAUAUAUAUAUAUAUAUAUAUAUAUAUAUAUAUAUAUAUAAUAUAUACAGUAUAUAUUUCCUUAAUAAAAAAUAAAAACAACUUUCUUUUAAUUUUUUUUGCUGCCUCUUGUGUCCCCCACGGGCCUGGGCCCAGGGGCUUCAGCCCCAAUAAGCCCCUGCAUUCAUCCGGCCCCUUACUGCCUCUACAAACAAUGUCAAAUUAGGGCUGGCUAAAGUAACACACUUACACAUGUAAUGCUCUGAGUUGGUUUGUUAGGCAACAGCUGUAUUCAAGUUCACUGACUCAUGGACAAAUAGUGAUAUAGUUUGAUCAAUAGCAUAGACACUGUAGCCGUCAAGUCUUGAAGACUUCUCAUGAUCUCCUGGACUGUAGCAUCCUCUUUUGCCUACCCCCAAACCCCUCAUACUCCAUCCUUUUUUAAUACACGUCAGUGACGUUAUCUGAAUGGGCAUAUAAAAAGAGCACCAGGUAAUAAACUAAAAUGAAUCCCUCGCCUGGAGCAAAACAGAGAGCAGGCAGGGUCUACUACUUUAUUAAAGUCACAGAGCCCUCCAAAGUGCCAGAUAUUCAGAUAUUACAGCACCUACCUGUGUGCCGCAGCUGAAGACUGAAGACUCCUGACCAGAUUGAUGUCUUGAUUUAGGAGCGAGGCGUUAGAGCCGUGAUGGGAGGAUAUAAAUGCUAGAGUGUGCUUGUCUGUCUCGCUUUCAUCUGUCAGUGCGGAAACUGACAGACAGGAGCUUGUCUUACACAUCACUCCCCUGCACUGUGUGUGUGUGCGCGUGUGUGUGAAACAGGCAGCUGCCACCGAGCCUGCAUACCAGGCACCUGAAGCACACACUUAGUAUGACAAUGAGGCAAAUGGCUGUGAACAGGCACUGGUGACUUAUAGUAGAUGUAACACUAAGGUAAAGAUUGAAGCAGUUUGUGGAUAGGCUAGUGAAGCAUAAAAACACAUAUGUAAAACAUAAUUCUUUCCCCCAUUAUUUUUCCAUCUAAAACACUUUGCCCAGGGCACUCUUCCAGCCAGAUGCAGAGAAACUGAUCCAAGCCUUCAUCUUCUCUCGGAUCGACUAUGGUAACGCUGUUUGGGGGCCUCCCAGCCAAAUCACUACAGAGGCUCCAGCCAAUCCAGAACAGUGCUGCCAGGGUCCUGACUAGGACCAAGAAGUCAGACCACAUCAUCCCAACUCCACUGGCUAAUGGUCAACUACAGGAUCAACUUCAAAAUCCUUCUGCUCAUGUUUAAAGCCUUAAAUGGAUUAAGUCCCACCUACAUCAGCGACCUCAUUUUAAUCAGUGAGCCACCUCGCACUCUCCGCUUCAGCCACUCUCUACUGUUUCAAGUCCCCAAGACAUGUCUCCGAACUAUGGAGGCCCAAGUGUCACGCCCUGGCUCUGGGGACUCUUUAAUGUUGAGCCAGGGUGUGUAGUGUCUAUGUUGUAUUUUCUAUGUUUCGUUCUAGUUCUUGUUUUCUAUGUUGGCCAGGGUGGUUCCCAAUCAGAGGCAGCUGAUUCUCGUUGUCUCUGAUUGGGAACCAUACUUAGGCAGCCGGUUGGCACUAGUUUAUUGUGGAAUCUUGUUCUGUAUAGGUUUGUGUUGGUGAACCUGUAGACUUCCCGUAUCGUUUGUUGUUUUGUUAUUUGUAUAAAGUACUCAUUAAAAGAUGUACGCAUAUCACGCUGCGCCUUGGUCUGCUUCUUACGACGAUCGUGACAGAAGAUCCCACCAAAACAGGACCAAGCAGCGUGUUCAGGAGCAAACGCCGGGUAAGGAACUGGAGAAGUUGGCGAUGUCCCAGGUGGGCGAAUGGUGGUCUUGGGAGGACAUGUUCGCGGGCAGAGGGCCAUGGGCAAAAGUUAAGGCCCUGGCGAGAGAGGAGGUACGGCACCAACAGUGCCAUCGUCGGACAGGCGAGAGGCAACCCCAAUAAUUUUUUUGGGGGGGGCACACGGCAUGGACGACGGGGAUGCUGGAGGCAGCUACAGGACAUAUCGGCGGAUUAGGAGAGGAGGCCACCAGGUUUGGGGGGCUGGAAGGGAGGUUGGCGGAGCCUAGAGGGAGAGCAGAGCCAACUCCCCGUACUCAGGCUAGGCAGCAGGAGGCAGCGACAGGGCGUAUCUGCAGAAUAGGAGAGGAGGCCACCAGGUUACGGGGGCUAUUGGUCAUGAGGGAGCAGGAGUUAAUUGGUCAGAGGGAGGAGCUACUGGAGGCGAUAAGGGAGAAGGAGAGUGUAGAGGCACGGCGAGAGGAACUGAGUAGGCAGCAGAGGGAGCGGAGGUUUAUGAGGAAACCCAGUCCCGCUCCUCGCACCAAGCAAGUGGUGUGUGUCACCAGUCCGGUCCGGCCCGUUCCUGAUCCCUGCACUAAGCCGGUGGUGCGUGUUCCCAGUACGGCCCGACCCAUUCCUGCUUCCCGCACAAGGCCAGUGGUGUGUGUUCCCAGUACGGUCCGGCCCGUUCCUGCUCCCCGCACUAAGUUAGUGGUGCGUGUUCCCAGUACGGCCCAACCCGUUCCUGCUCCCCGCACAAGGCCAGUGGUGCGUGUUCCCAGUACGGCCCAACCCGUUCCUGCUCCCCGCACUAAGUUAGUGGUGCGUGUUCCCAGUACGGCCCAACCCGUUCCUGCUCCCCGCACCAAGCCAGUGGUGCGCGUCGCCAGCCUGGUCCGGCCUGUUCCUGCUCCCCGCACCAAGCCAGUGGUGCGCGUCGCCAGCCCGGUCCGGCCUGUUCCUGCUCCCCGCACCAAGCCAGUGGUGCACGUCGCCAGCCCGGUCCGGCCUGUUCCUGCUCCCCGCACCAAGCCAGUGGUGCGCGUCGUCAGCCCGGCACGGUCCGUGCCUGUUCCACCGGUGCCUGGUCCGGCACCGGUCAGCUGCUCCACACUGGAGCCAAAGCAAUCCGCUCCACCGAUGUCCAGUCCAGCUCCGGCCAGCGGGGCCAGACCAGACCAGGGGCGCUACGGGGGGGGUAGCGAGAGAGUGGUGGUCACGCCCGGAGCCGGAUCCGCCUCCGAGGCGGAAUGCCCACCCGGCCCCUACCCUCUUGAUUUUGGUUGGCGCGGGUCGCAGUCCGCGCCUUUGGGGGGGGGGGGGGGGUACUGUCACGCCCUGGCUCUGGGGACUCUUUAAUGUUGAGUCAGGGUGUGUAGUGUCUAUGUUGUAUUUUCUAUGUUUCGUUCUAGUUCUUGUUUUCUAUGUUGGCCAGGGUGGUUCCCAAUCAGAGGCAGCUGAUUCUCGUUGUCUCUGAUUGGGAACCAUACUUAGGCAGCCGUUUGGCACUAGUUUAUUGUGGGAUCUUGUUCUGUAUCGGUUUGUGUUGGUGAACCUGUAGACUUCACGUAUCGUUUGUUGUUUUGUUAUUUGUAUAAAGUACUCAUUAAAAGAUGUACGCAUAUCACGCUGCGCCUUGGUCUGCUUCUUAUAACGAUCGUGACACCAAGAUUUCUGCUCACUUGCCCCUCGCGUAUGGAAAUAUCUCCCUGACCAUCUGAGAGCUGCUCACUCAGAACUUUUCAAACAGGCCUUAAAACCCACUUCUUCAGACUAUAUUUCUCACAAAUGAAUUUUUAGCACCUAGCCCACUAUUGCUAUUUUACCUGCCUUGAUUCUAAAUGUAUGUUGUUUUUCUUAGUAGAGCUUUGAGAUAACUCUGUAAUGAAAAUCGCUAUACAAAUGACAUGUAUUAUUAUUAUUAUUAUUAUUAUUAUUAUUAGUAGUAGUAGUAGUAGUAGUAGUGAGUUGGGAUGGUCUGAAUUGGAUUAGUGGCUGAAGAUAAAAUCCAGGCUAAAAACAAAUGGCUGAAUUCCAAAGGUUUUUGCAAACACUCCAUUCAUUGUUUACUUCACAGGGCUUUCUGUAGAGCAGGGGUAUUCAGCUCUUACCAUACCAGGUCCAGAGCCUGCUGCUUUUCUGUUCCUGA